UGAUCUUCCUCGCAACUUCAAGUAACUACAGUUGUGCACGGAUAGGAUGAAUAGAUUGGCUCUAUACGGAGCUCUCAGCUCACUAAAGCCUGCUGGUACACCAAGGAAAUAUGGCAUUUGCCUUGUCUCGCGGAAUGUAUCGACUGCUUUGCGGCCCUUAACGCUUAGCUCUCCACGGGUCCGGGCCAUUGGCCCUCAACUGUUGCGGUGGAAUUCCUCACAGGAGCCUCUACCCGAGCAGAAAGUAUUGAAGCAGGAGCUGAAAGAAGAGGUUCCUCCACCGAAACAGGAAGAGCGGAAGCAAGAAGAUCCUCUCCGCUUCUCCGUUAAGCGCGAUGUUGCCGAAGGUCCCUCGGGCGAGAGAAAUAAUUUGUCUUCGCUCGCUGGGAAACCGGCUUUCUCUUUGCACACCGGAGAAAAGACUGUGACUUUACCCGUUAACCGUUUCGAAAAUUCCAGCCGUGCUUUUCUAAAAUGGUGGCUAAGGGACAACUGCCAGUGUGACAAGUGCGUUCAUCCGAGUACCAGACAACGGAUUGUCGACACUUUCUCGAUUCCGGACGAUAUUGGUGUCAAAGACAUCUCGAAUGGCCGGAGCCAGGUAACAGUGACAUGGUCUGAUGGCCAUGUAAGUUCAUAUAAUCAUUCUUGGCUGGCUCAAGGCGGAAGACGUGCACCAACAAGUUUAGGCGAAUAUCCAUUGCGAUUCCGCAAGGGGAUGACUUAUAACCCAAAGCACGAAGGCAAUGUAAAGGAAAUGCCAUCAGUGUCCUACUCAGAAGUUAUGGCAAAUGAUGCUGGGGUCCUAAAGUGGCUGGAGCGUAUUUAUGACUGGGGUUUCUGCCUGGUCCGAGAUACCCCAAUCAACCCUGAAUGCACGGAGGCUCUCUUGAGACGGAUAGCUCACAUUAGACACACUCACUAUGGUGGCUUCUGGGACUUCACAGCCGAUAUGUCUUUCAAGGAUACCGCGUAUACCAACGAGGCUCUUGGUGCACACACGGACAAUACAUAUUUUACUGACCCUGCACGGCUUCAACUCUUUCAUAUGCUAUCGCACACAGAUGGCGACGGAGGCGCUACCUUGCUCGUUGAUGGCUUUCGCGCAGCAAGAAGGUUGUAUGCUGAGUCCAAGCAAAAUCUUAACCAUUUAAGAAAUAUUAGACAGCCGUUCCACGCAAGCGGAAACGAAGACUCCAUUUACCAACCUGUUGAGCAACAAGUUGUCCUUCGUGCCCACGCGCAAUUCAAGCAUCGCUUGUAUCAAGUCCGCUGGAAUAAUUACGAUCGGGCGGUAAAAUGGAACUGGAGUCUUGAGGAGCAAGAGGCCUGGUACAAGGCUGCAAAGCACUUUAACGAUAUCAUCCAUCGAGAGGAUAUGGAAAUAUGGACCCAGCUUCAGCCAGGAACAGCGUUAAUCUUUGACAACUGGAGAAUGCUACACGGUCGUUCUGCAUUCACUGGGAAGCGAAGGAUGUGCGGUGGAUAUAUCUCAAAUGACGACUUCCUUUCCCGAUACCGUGUGCUCAAGUUCGGCCGUGACCAUGUCUUGCGACGGCUUGGAGAUCUCAGAGACUAUCCCACAAAUCCCAGCUGCAUAUUCUGA